AUGUCGCGCCGCUGGUACUUCGAGACGACACCGGCCGGCAAAGAGCAGUUUGUCUCCAUCAAGCGCUCCCGCUCCCAUCACCACCGUCGCCACCACCACCACCACCUCGACCAUGACACGGUUCGGGUCAGCCGUGACGAGUGGAACCGCCUCGUGGAGCGGGAGCGCUGCCUCGAAGAGGCCAACAAGAGCCUCGUCGCCGAGGUCAGCGCCCUAAAGGCCAGCCUCUCCGCCGCGCAGGCCGAGGCCCACCACCUCUGCCACGUCGUCGUGCCCCAGCUGCAGGGCCAGAUCAACGUGCUCCUCGCCGACAACGAGGCCCUCCGCCGCUCGCUCGACAACGCCGGCAACAGCUCGUCCAAGCACUGCCACGAGCUCGACCGCCUCAAGGACAUCAUGGCCGCGCUCGAGAAGGAGAAGUGUGCCCUCGCUGCUGACAACGCGGGGCUCAAGGACAAGAUCAAGGGCCUCGCCAAGCAGCUCGAGCAGGCGUGCGGCCGCCGCGUCUCGGACCUCCUGGCCGACAUCGACUACUGGAAGGACCAGAUGCGCUAUUGGAAGUGCAAGUACGAGGACACGAGGCGCCGCCACGACGACACGUGCGGCAUGCUCGAGAUACGGACGGAGAAGAUGAGGGCGUACGAGGAGAUUCUACGGCGCCGCCGCAUCAUAUAG